GACAUUGAAUUAAACGAGCUAAGAAAUAGCAAUACCUUGCUUGAAAAUCGGAUAAUGUUAAAUGUUACCAGUUUGAGAGUACAUUUAGUUGAUAUGCAAAUUAAGUUGGAAUAAUUCUCUUUAGAGUGACGAUAAAGAAAUUGAAGGAACUCACAUGAGCAUAAUGGAGAUGCAAAAUGAUAUUGCUUCAUUGAAAAAUAAUGUUAAAGGUAAUAAGUACUUUUGUUAUUAUAAGCUUUGUCUGUUCCUAAAGUCGAAUGUUACCACUUUGAGAGUACAGUUGGAAGACAUGCAAUAUAAGUUAUGGAACAAUUCCUUUGAGAGUGAAGAUCUUCUGAGAGAUAUUGAGGAAACUCACAAUAGCAUAAUGGAGAUGCAAAAUGAUAUUGCUUCAUUGAAAAAGAAUAUUAAACGUUUAUCAAAUCGGACAGACGUUUUGGAAGAAAAUAUGGGCAAAUUAACAAAUGAGCAGAAGAUUUUGGAAGAAGGUAUAUGCAAAUUUAAAGACACGCAAAAUCGUUAUAAUGGUAAGUAUCCAAUAAUGAGUAAUAAUUUGUCCUAGAGCUAUGUUUGUGUACUAUUUUUUUGCUGAGAAACACACAAUAACUUGUGGAACUUUCUCAAAAUGAUAAAU